AUGGCGCGGCCGGCGCGAACUAGGAAGGCUCUUUUAAGGGACGCAGAGGGCUUCUACCGGACUGGCAUUUUUGAGAUCACGGGGGGCUUGGCCGAACUGUUCUCAACAUUCGCAGUGUUUAGCGUCUACGGGAAUGGCUCGAGCAUGGGGUACUUGAACUCUAUCAGCAAGCGCUUGCAUCAAGUGUUCGACUGCCUACUCAAAGAUGUGCUCCAAGUGGUCGAUGAAGCUCUGUUUUCGGAAGACCACCGAAUUGCUUAUCAGCAGGUCUACUGCAUCACCUACGAGGAAGGGAGAGACUCUGGCUUGAAAGCUCACACGGACGACUCGGACCUGACUAUCAACGUGUUCCUGGGAUCUCCGACAGGUUACGAGGGGGCCGAGUUGCUUCUGCUGUCGCCGACCCCAGAGGCGUUUGGUGGUUCAGGGGCUCAGGUCGUGCCGUUUGCGGGGAUACUGCGUGUGGAACACCCCGGCUGGAGCCGGGAGUUUACAAGGCACGGUGAUUGA